AAGAAAACAAAAACAAAAACGAAAAAAAGUAGCCCAUGGAGGUUUAAAAGGCCAAGAAAAGGUCUGUUACAGGAACAAAAAUGGUCUUCUUGGACAGAGUAGAUGGAAACGUGUAAGAAAAUAGUUCACCAACUCUUCUUGCAUUAGAACCCCAUCUCACCUUCAAUUUCUCGCCUUUGCUUCUAUAUAGAGAAGAAGCUCAUACACAAGUUGAGGAUCCAGCACAACCAAAAAAAGGAAUAGAAAAGAAAAAAUCCCAGAAAAGCUCCAAUGGACUAUGAAAAGCCAGUUGUUUGUGUCCUUGAUGCAUCAACCUAUGUGGGGUUUUGGAUUCUUAAAGGUUUGCUAAGUAGAGGGUAUUCUGUUCAUGCAGCUAUCCAAGACAAUGGAGAAACAGAGAUAAAGAAGAAAAUCAAGGACAUGGAGAAAGUGGAGGAGAGAUUGUCAGUGUUUACUGUGGAUGUUAUGGAUUACCAUUCAAUUCUUUUGGCUUUGAAGGGCUGCUCUGCUUUGUUCUGCUGUUUAGAUAGUCCAGAUGCUUAUGAUGAAGUAAUGGUGGAUUUGGAGGUCAGAGGAGCUAUUAAUGUGGUUGAAGCAUCUGCACAAACACAAAGUGUAGAGAAAAUCAUAUUUACUUCUUCUUUAACUGCAGCAGUAUGGAAAGAGAAUAUCAGUUCAGAGAAAGAUGUAGAUGAAAGGUCUUGGAGUAACAAGGAAUUUUGCAGGAAAAUGAAGUUGUGGUAUGCCCUAUCUAAAACACAAUCUGAGCAGGCUGCUUGGGCUUUAGCCAUGGACCGCAUGCUUAACAUGGUAUCCAUAAAUGCGGGACUAGUUGUUGGUCCUGGUGUUACUCAACAAAACCCUCUAUCCACGAUGUCAUAUCUUAAUGGAGCAGAUCAGAUGUAUGAAAAUGGGGUCCUAGCAUUUGUUGAUGUGAACUUUCUAGCUGAUGUUCAUGUUCGAGCUUUUGAGGAUCGGUCCACAUGUGGGCGAUACUUCUGUUUCAAUCAGACAGUAAACACAGAGGAAGAAGCUGUUAAGCUUGCUCAGAGCUUGAGCCCUUUAAUAUCCUUACCACCUAGGUAUGAAUGCCAAGGGAGUGAGGUCUAUGCUGAGAGGCUGAGAACCAAGAAAUUAGACAAGCUUGUUGAGGGCACGGCUUAUUAGUGGAAAGAUGGAUUUCCUUUUCUUUUAGUUUGCUCUAUGUUAUCAAUUUAUGUAUAUAAUAAUAAAUAAACAAUUAUUAUAUAUAUCUAUAUAUAUAUAUAUAUAUAUAUAAUUGAUGGUGGUUGGUUUGAA